AGAGCGGCAGCUGCGCGGGCAGGAGAGGUAACGGCGCGGGGAACAGCGGCGUCCGAGCCGGCGCAGAGCUCGCUGCCCUCCGGCAGCCCCUCCGCUCCCUGCGGAGAGGAGCUGGAGGCGAGGGAAGGCUGCGGCAGGAGGAAGGAGCGCUGCGAGCGCUGCCGAGAAUGGCGGGCAGGCAGAGCCGGCGGCCAUCAGCCGGCCUAGUGCUGCUGCCCUCUUUACUGCUGUGCUGGUGCUGCCGGGCGGCGCCAGAGCGGCUCCGCUACGCCAUCCCUGAAGAGCUGGACAGAGGCUCGCUGGUGGGGCCGCUGGCCCGGGACCUGGGACUGAGCCCGGCGGAGCUGCCGGCACGCAAGCUACGGCUGAACACGGAGAAGCAAUACUUUACCGUGAGUGGGGAGAACGGGAACCUGUACGUGAGCGAGAGGUUGGACCGGGAGGAGAUGUGCGGCAAGUCGGCGUCUUGUUCUGUCAGCUUCGAGGUUCUAAUGCAUAACCCGCUCAACGUUUUCCACGUCGAAGUGGCCAUCCAGGAUGUAAAUGAUAACUCUCCGCGGUUUCCACAAGACAGUUUCCACCUGGAGAUCAACGAAUUAACUUCCACUGGCUCCCGGUUUGCCUUGGGCAUGGCAGAAGACGCAGACGUGGGCAGUAACUCGCUGCAGAGUUAUGAACUGGAAGCCAACGAGUAUUUCGCGGUGGAGGUGAAGGAGAGUCCGGACGGCAGCAAGUUCGCGGAGCUGGUGCUGCGCCGGGCGCUUGACCGGGAGAGAGAACAGAGCCUGCGGCUGCUCCUGACGGCGGUGGACGGAGGGGACCCGCCCCGGAGCGGCACCGCCCAGCUCUGCAUCAACGUCACCGAUGCCAACGACAACGCCCCCGUGUUCGCGCAGGAGCGGUAUCGAGUGAGCCUGCGGGAGGAUGCACUGCCGGGCUCGACGGUGCUGAACGUGUCCGCCUCUGAUGCCGACGCUGGCAGCAACGCCCGCAUCACGUACGGCUUCGGGAAAAUGCCGCCUAAGGUGCUUCAGAAGUUCAUGGUGGAUGCGGAGAGCGGAAGGAUCACGCUGCAGGAGGCACUGGACUUCGAUGACACGCGUGGGUACACGCUGCUGGUGGAGGCAAGGGACGGGGGCGGCCUGUUAACGCACUGCAAGGUGGAGGUGGAGGUGCUGGACGUGAACGACAACACGCCCGAAAUCACGGUGCUGUCGGUGUCGAGCCCGGUACCCGAGGACUCGCCGGCCGGCACGGUGGUGGCCCUGCUGAACGUGAAAGACCCGGAUUCUGGGGAGAACGGUCAGGUGUGGUGCGAGCUGUUGGGCGAGGCGCCGCUGUCGCUCGUGGCGUCGUCGGGCGGGUCGUACAAGGUGGUGACGGCGAGCGCGCUGGACCGGGAACAGGAGUCCGAGCACAGGGUGACGGUGGUGGCGAGGGACCGGGGCAGCCCGGCGCUCUCGAGCAGCACGGUGCUGGUGCUGGAGGUGUCGGACGUGAACGACAACGCGCCGGUGUUCGAGGAGGCCGCCUACAGCGCCUACGUGGCAGAGAACAACGCGGCGGGCGAGCUGGUGCUGCACGUGAGGGCGCGGGACGCGGACGCUGGCAGCAACGGGCGCGUGAGGUACUCGUUGGAGGGCGGCAGCGCGGGCGCGGCGUCGUACGUGUCGGUGGAGGCGCAGAGCGGCGCAAUGUACGCGCAGCGCUCCUUCGACUACGAGCAGUGCCGCGAGUUCGCGGUGGUGGUGCGGGCGCAGGAUGGCGGGGAACCGGCGCGGAGCUCGACGGCGACGGUGCGCGUCUUCGUGUUGGACCGCAACGACAACGCGCCGCGGGUGCUGUGGCCGGCGGUGGUGGGCUCGGGAACAGGCCAGAGUGCAGCCCCGGCCGCAGCCCCAUUCGAGAUGGUGCCUCGGUCGGCCGAGGCCGGGUACCUGGUGGCCAAGGUGGUGGCGGUGGACGCGGAUGCGGGGCGCAACGCCUGGCUGUCGUACGAGCUGGUGCAGGCGCCGGAGCCGGCGCUGUUCCGCGUGGGGCUGCACAGCGGCGAGGUGCGCACGGCGCGGGCCGUGUCGGACAGGGACGCGGCGAAGCAGCGGCUCGUGGCCGUGGUGAAGGACCACGGGCAGCCGGCGCUGUCGGCCACGGCCACGCUGCACGUGGUGCUGGCCGAGAGCUUGCAGGAGGCGCUGCCGGAGCUGAGCGAGCGGGCGGCGGGCGCCGACUCGGCGGCGGAGCUGCAGUUCUCCCUCGUGCUGGCGUUGGCUCUCCUGUCCGCGCUCUUCCUGCUGAGCGUGGCGCUGGCCGUGCUGGCAAGGGGCCGCCGUGCCGGGCCGCCCGCCGUGCUGCGCUGCCUGGGCGCGCAGCGCUUCUCUGGAACCGGCGCCGCUUUCCCAGCCGACUUCUGCGAGGGCACCUUGCCCUACUCCUACAACCUGUGCGUGGCGCCUGGACGCUCCGUCGCCGAAGCCGCUUGGCCACCGCCGCCGCUUCCCAGCCUCCCCGCGGAGGAGCUUCUCUGUGGGGAGCCCUCGGAGAGCGAAGCCUGACCAGCAGCGCCGUCGUGGGAAAACCGCCAGCGGACUCCGAAGUACAGCAGCAAGCUCAGCCUAACACAGACUGGCGUUUCUCUCAGACCCAGAGACCUGGAACCAGUGGCUCCCAGAAUGGAGAGGAAGGUGGAGCCUGGCCGAACAA